AGGGAGGGGAAGAGAAGGCGGGGGGUGGAGAGAUCGCAAAGGGGGAAGAACUUUUACUCUCGCCGCCCGCCCGGCUCUUCUUUUGGGGCAGUGAGGAACGGCGAAGGAAACACCCCGCGCUGGAAAGCCGCGACGCCAGCCCGGCCGGGGAGGCGACACACACGAAGAGCCCAGCAACGCGGGGAGCCGGAGGAGAGGAGUCCGCCGAGACGCGUCGAGCCUGCCUGCUGCGGAUUGUGGCCCCCGCCCUCGAUUUUUCUCUCCCCCCCCCCCCGGAAAGAUCCGGACCCCUCUUGGGGUUUUUUUUUUUGGAGGGAUCGGCACUUGGGGGGUUUGCUUUCCCCACCCCCCGUUCGCCAGGCCGCCCCCUCCUUUUCCCCACCUUCCCUUUUGGUUGGAUUUUACACCUACUUUUGAAGCACUUCGGCCUCCGAGGAGGGGGGGGCAGAAAUUCCUGGCUGACGUCCCCCCCCCCUCCUUAUUUAUUAACCAAGACAAACCUUCUUCCACUCGAAGUUUGGCUCUCUGGACGGGGGCUUUUUCCCCCUCUCCCGGAGGGUGGCUAAAAGAGGCGCCUCCUGUCCCUUGCAAUUCCUAACCACCCCCACCCCCACCCCCCAUUUUUUUUUUUAAAGAACCGCCAGGAUUGUUGUGCUUUGGGUUUGGACCGACUGCAACUUCGCCGGCGCGCGCAGAAGAGCCAGGCAGGGCAGCGGCAGGAUUCGAACCCGGGCCGGGCCCCCCGAGCGGCGUAUGCUCCAGCUGGCUCUGGCGGGCGCACCCCCCAAAGGAGCCGCCGUCUCCGCCGCCGCCCCCCGGCCGCCCCCGGGCUCCCUGCUGCGCCCGCGCCUGUGCCCGCUGCUCGUCUCAGGCUGCUUCUGCUGGCUGCCCGGACUCGGCGCGCGGAUCCUUCAUGAGUGGCGCACGGGAUGCGCGCUUCUUAGCCGGGGAUCCCUCCUGCCGUCCCGCAUGUUCAGGACCAAACGCUCGGGCCUCGUCCGGAGACUCUGGCGGAGCCGCGCGCCCGGUGGCGGCGGCGGCGGCGGCGGCGGGGAAGAAGGAGGCGGCGGCGGCGGCGGCGGAGGAGGCGACCUGGCCGAGGGCGCGGCGGACGGCGUCCGGGCGCAUGGAGGUGGCGGCCGAGGGGGCUGCUGCCUGGGCAAGGCGGCCAAGCUGGGCAAGGCGCCGGCGGGCUCGGAGGCGGAGCUGAAGGCGCUGACCCAGGCCGUGCUGAAGCGCCUGAAGGAGCGGCACCUGGAGGGCCUGCUGCAAGCCGUCGAGAGCCGCGGCGCCGCCCGCACCGCCUGCCUGCCGCUGCCCGCCAAGCUGGACUCCAAGCUGGGCCCGCACUGGUACCCGCUGCCGCUGCUGCUGGCCAAGGUCUUCCGCUGGCCCGACCUGCGCCACUGCGCCGAGGUGAAGCGCCUGCCCGGCUGCGAGUCCUACGGCAAGGCGCACCCGGACCUCGUCUGCUGCAACCCCUACCACCUCAGCCGCCUCUGCGAGCUCGAGUCGCCCCCUCCUCCUUAUACCAGAUACCCAAUGGAUUUUCUCAAACCAACUGCAAGUUUUCCAGACUCUGUGCCUUCCUCCACUGAGACAGGGGGAACAAAUUAUCUGGCCCCUGCGGGGCUGUCAGAUUCCCAAGUUCUACAAGAGCCCGGGGAUCCGUCACACUGGUGCGUGGUGGCAUACUGGGAAGAAAAGACACGCGUGGGUCGGCUAUAUUCUGUCCAAGAGCCCUCCCUGGAUAUCUUCUAUGAUCUACCUCAGGGGAACGGCUUCUGCCUUGGACAGCUCAAUUCGGACAACAAAAGCCAGCUGGUUCAAAAAGUCCGCAGCAAGAUCGGCUACGGCAUCCAGCUGACCAAGGAAGUCGACGGGGUUUGGGUUUAUAACCGCAGCAGUUACCCUAUUUUCAUCAAGUCGGCCACACUGGACAACCCCGACUCCAGGACGUUACUGGUUCAUAAAGUGUUCCCAGGAUUUUCCAUCAAAGCGUUCGACUACGAGAAGGCGUACAGUUUGCAGCGGCCCAACGACCACGAAUUCAUGCAGCAGCCGUGGACUGGAUUCACCGUUCAGAUCAGUUUUGUGAAAGGCUGGGGCCAGUGCUAUACGAGACAAUUUAUCAGCAGUUGCCCGUGCUGGUUGGAAGUUAUUUUUAAUAACCGAUGACUCGAGACUCUAGAACCGGCCUCUCAGCAAUGCCAUUUUAUAAACUACUUUGCUGCUAAAAUAUCUCCUCCCGAGUGCUUGCUUUUUCAUGCAAACUUUUGUUUGUUCGUUUGUUUCUGUUUUGAGAAAUAGCUUAUGGAAAGAUUUGUUUCUCUCUCUCUCUCUCUCUCUCUCUCCUCUCUCCUCUCCCUCUCCCCCCCCCCCCUCUCUCUGGCUUCAGUAUUUUGAUACGUUUUUUUAAAAAAACGUUUAAUAUUAAAAGUGUGAACGACCAAUAACUCAGAAGGGGAGACGAAGGCACCUGGGGAGCGGGGGAUUGGAUGAGAAUUUGUUUGAACAUAUGUCGUUACCGAUAGUUUUGUAUGCCCUUUAACUUAUUGUCCAAACCCAGUGGAUGUAAUUGGAUGAAACUUGGUUUUUGGAUAGCUCCCGCUUUUGGAUACAAAGGAUUUUCUGGUGUUUUUUUUAAAAAAAUCUUUUCUAAACACAGGAGCACGUGUGCGCUCCAUUGGAUACAACGUUCUUGUGCACUUGGGUCACUCCAUUCAUCGUUGCGGAGGGAGCAGAUCUCGCGCACAAAAGGUAUUGUGUGCUGAGAUCUGUUUUCUCUCCACCAAAAGGAACGAAGAAGCCGCUGCAGCCAACGGAACUCCGUAAGUGUUUUGGAGCUCUGAAGGUUUGCAAGGAGUUUGUAGGAUUCCUCAGACAGCGGAGCUCCGUAAGCACUUGCAAGGAAUUUGUAAGAUUUUUUUUUUCCUAACAAAACGAACGAGCUAACACCAGGUUCCUCAUCAGCUUGGUGCUAAAUCAUACAAGCCCACUACUGUCAAAGUCCUACCGAGUUUUGCCAUCCUUGUCCCACUACGCCCCACGCUACCUUGCUGUAUCAUCUGCCUUAUGAUGAACCAUUCCAGCUGUUUUGUUCCUUGCAAACGCGCCGGCUCCUUUGCUGGCGGGAAGGAAGCCAACCUUUGGGGACAGCGAGAGCCGCUCGCAGUCAGCCGGCACGGAACAGCUUGGGGAAGCAAUGCCACAAAAUAUCACCCCCUUUUGUCAAUGACUUUUUCAGUUAUCGUUAUCAAUCCUGAUUUCCAACCCUCCCCUGGCCGCUACACACGUUUGUGGUGCUGCACUAAAAAUCUGUGUCACUGUAGAAGAAAAAAACAACCGUCUUGCACGAAAGGAAGCCCGAGGGAGAAAGUAUGCCUGUGUUUGGUGCAUCGUUCUCACCCAUGCUGCCGAGAAAGCUGUAAGAUGCAGACUUCUUAUUUUUCUUUUCUUUUUUAACCCCCAAAAGGACGAAAAGGAUUUUCAGUAUUUAUCUCCUUGAAACUUGCCUGGCCCGUUCAGGUUUAUUACGAUAGUACUGUUUGCAUCCAGGUUUUUGCAGUCAGUUCAUUUUUCCCCUCUUCUUGAAUUCAUACACUUAGUAUGACGAUUUUACACUGUUCUUAGCUCAGUGAGCAUGUUUAGACCUUGACAUAAGCUAUUUUUCUAAAUAUAAAAGGUUUAAGUGAACAAGAGAAGCAUUCUCAUUGGAAUUUUAGCAUUGAAGUGCUUUCGGAAAUAAAAACAGCAACAAAAAAGAGACUCCUG